CUGGUCAGUCAGUAGUUUCCUCGAUUUGACAGAUGAUUUGCUGUACCUGUUUUUAUUUACGCAUGCUUGAACUGAAAAUGUAGCUUCGAUAGCAACAGCCGUUAGUUACGACAGGCGAAAAAAUAAAUAACCGCCCGUUGUUUCGAAACUUUAAAACUAGAACUGCACAAAAAUCUCGCAAAAUAUGCCUCACAAAUAUAAAAUAAAGCCUUCAAAAUAUGAAACCAGCGAUCCAGCUAUCAAGGAAGAAAUGCGAAAAUUUAUUCAACAGUUCGAGCAACGGUUUAAAAAGAACCUAAAGCAUUGGACGGUCGAUUCGGAUCUAACUCACGCGGUUCCCCGCCGGCUAUACGGCCAAACAUCAAGAAUCAUCCAACUGCCCCCCUACGACGAUCGCGAAUUCGAAGAAAUCAUCCAGUCCCGUCUGAAGGAAGCUUUUCGCUGCUACAGCAUCGACGCUAAAGAUUCCGAAAGCCUCCACCCGGAGACGGGAGAUGAAGCCGAUGCUGAAGAUGAAGAUCGUGUGUCAAAAUUUGAACUGAAAAUCGAACCCAGGGCAAAACCGCGCGAAUUAAAACUGAAAGAGUCCAAUUGGAUGGAAAACUUCCUGAAGAAAACCCGCAAGGAACGUAUCAAAUGGCAAACUAAGCUGUACAAAUCGGAUAAAAAGUUGCUGGAGAAACCGUUGUUCGAACAGGUCGAAGAGUUGAUUGACUUGGGGGCUCAGGAUUUUGCCGAAUGGUUGAGCAAGUUGGGUGCGGAAAAGUCUAACAUAACGAAGGACAUCAUCAAGCAGCUGUUCUCGAUUGGCGUCGAAGGUGAUUCGGCGAAAGCUUUGAACGUCGAGCCGAAGGAAAUUCGCGCCAUUCCGGUCGAGGUGGCAGAGGACUGGAAUUUGCAUUACAUGGCACUGCAGCGUAAAAUUGCCAAGGUGAUGCAAAGCGACCGGCGGGAGGCGAAAGUUCGCGAGCGGCACAUCGCUUUCGGUCGUACGCUGCCAAUGGACAUGCGCCGUUUCAAGCGCUUCGAUGAUAUCGACGAAAUUGUGCCUAACUUUCCGGAGGAAACGAAAACGUUUCAGAAAGUGUUCAAGGGCAUUUGUCAUCUGCGCUCGGUUAAGAUUUUGGUCGAGCAUCUGAAGGAACAUCCGGAGGUGCACCGGCCGAAGUAUCUGGUGGAUCAGGGGAUGUUCGAGGAAAAGGUCGCUGCGAGCGGGGAUCAUGUUCCGCUGUACAAGUUGUAUUUCAAGUGACAAUUUGGCGGUUUGAGGGAAUUUGGCCGUUGAUAAGCAAUAGUGAGAGUGAGGAAAUACACUUUCGUAGAUAGUAUAUUGGGGCGAUUUACUCGGGCGAUUAAAAUAUACUAAUGGUGCAAACAGUAACUAAACAGUAAUUAUCAUUUGUCAUAAAUUAUGAUGAAGCAUUAUAGUACUUUGCCUUGAUUAAUUUGCCAUAUUCGUUAUACAAAUCUGCGCCUGCCCAAUCAGGCAAGCGCCGAUUUUUGUAGCGUAUUGGACAAACUAAUGGAAGUAAAGUGAUGUUUAAUGGCCCACCAAAAUACAAAAAAAUAAUUAUUAAAAUCGUCAAAAGCUUUUUUGUU